GUUGGCUGUAGCCACUUCCAACUCCAACCCACUAACUUCUACCAAUUCUAGCUAACAAUGGUUUUGUCAUGGACUUCUAUAGCCAUUGUUGCACUUGUUGCUUUGUUCCUCCAACUUUUGUUAAGGAAGAUGACAAGUACCAAACACAAAAAACUUCCUCCUGGUCCUAAAGGGUUGCCAGUUAUUGGUUGCCUACACAUGCUAGGCAAGUUUCCACAUAGAGUAAUGCAUCAAUUGUCACAAAAAUAUGGACCCAUUAUGUACAUGAAGUUGGGUUCGAUGCCGACAGUUGUUGUCUCUUCACCACAAGCAGCUGAAUUGUUCCUCAAGACUCAUGACCUCGUCUUUGCGGGUAGGCCUUCACUUGAAGCUGCAAAGUACAUCUCUUAUGAGCAAACCAAUCUAUCUUUUGCUCCUUAUGGUUCUUACUGGCGAAACAUGCGUAAGAUGUGCACGCUAGAGUUACUUAGCAACCUCAAAAUCAAUGCCUUCAAGUCCAUGAGAUGGGAAGAGAUCAAGCAAUUCGUUGAGCACGUUAAGGACGCGGCUAAAAAAGGCGCUGCGGUUGAUGUUAGUGCUAAAGUCUCGUCGCUUAGCGCUGACAUGACUUGUAGGAUGGUGUUUGGUAAGAAAUACAUGGACAAAGAUCUUGAUGAGAGAGGGUUUAAGGCUGUGAUUCAUGAAGGGAUGCAACUAGGUGCUACUCCUAAUGUCAGUGAUUACAUUCCUCAGAUUGCUUGGCUUGAUCUUCAGGGGCUGAGGAAGCGAAUGAAGGCUCUUCAUAAGGUGUUUGAUGAUUUCUUUGAGAAGAUCAUUGAUGAGCAUAUUCAGUGUAGAGAUGAAGAUAAAGUUCAAGACUUUGUUGAUGACAUGUUGGGUAUUGUUGGAUCCAAAGAAACAGAGUAUUCCAUCGAUCGCGGCAACAUUAAGGCUAUAAUCUUGGACAUGCUUAUAGGAGCGAUGGACACCUCGGCUACGGCCGUUGAGUGGGCAAUGUCAGAACUUAUAAGGCACCCAAGAGCAAUGGAGAAACUACAAAAUGAGUUAGAAGAAGUUGUGGGCAUGAACAGAAUGGCUGAAGAAUCAGACUUGGAGAAAUUGAACUACUUAAAUAUGGUAGUGAAGGAGUCAAUGAGACUUCACCCAGUGGCACCCCUACUACUACCUCAUGAGUCCAUUGAGGAUUGCACUGUCAAUGGCUUCCACAUACCUAGAGAAUCGCGCAUCGUUAUCAAUGCAUGGUCUAUCGGGAGAGACCCGAGUGCGUGGACCGAUGCAGAGAAGUUCAUUCCUGAGAGAUUUGAAGGAAGUAAUGUAGAUCUUCGCGGACGUGACUUCCGGCUUCUUCCAUUCGGUUCCGGACGCAGGGGAUGCCCAGGAAUGCAGUUGGGUUUGACCAUGGUCCGACUAAUGCUAGCACAAAUGGUGCAUUGCUUUGAUUGGGAGCUUCCAGAUAAUAUGUUGGCUACUGAAUUGGACAUGACCGAGGAGUUUGCUCUAGUAACUCCUAGGGCUAACCAUCUAAUGGCGAUCCCCACUUAUCGACUUUACAAUUGAUACCAUAAAGAGUGUGUUUAUAUGUCUAAAUCUCGAAUUGUGUUAAUUUACAAUUCUCAUAUGGGUGCAAUAUAUGAAUUUAUGGUUUUAUAGAAUCUUGAAUGGGGAAAUUUCGAAAAUUUGAAAUCUAGGUUUUGGCAUUAACCUUCCCAUCUUAGGACGACUUUGAAUUGUUCAGCGUUGAAGUUUAAACUCUUGUCUUUUAAGUUUAUUCUCCACUUUGAUUUCUUUCUACCUCAAUCACUUCAUGCAAGCCUGUUGAUAUCUCCAUAUUUUACAUAUUUCUA